GGGGAAACCAUAGUUACCAGACCUCUAACGAUGGUCGUAUCAUUAAAGUGCCUGGGUCCAUGUCCAACAGUGGACAAGGACUCGACUGUUCUUAAAGUGCCUGAGGAGCCGCAUCUUUACGUUGAUGGUGCUGACGAUAACAAGAAUCAUAACAAUAACACAAACGAUGACGUUGUAAAUAUUGAUGUUCUUCAGAACAAACACCUCCCACAGAAGCCUCAUAACUCCUGGUCGCAGAAAUAUAGCCCAAAAUGUGAUGUCAGUGCCAAGGAGGUGUCUUCAGCUGUAAAACGCGCUAAAACCUGGCAGUGCAAACAGGAGAUUGCGGAUGUGUACUGUCAGCAGCAAGAGGGGAAGCUCUACAAUUUGGACUUGACUAAUUAUUGUCCCAACAGAGGUAAAGACAAGGGCCAUUACUAUGGCUGUUACAAGGACUCUAACUCUCAGCGGGCCCUGGAUGGUGGAUUUGUUGAUCUGCCAGAUAACAGCCCACAGAAGUGUAUCGAACAUUGUUACAGAUCAGGCCAGAAGUAUGCUGGGCUACAGUAUGGGAAAGAAUGCUGGUGCGGAAGCUCAUAUGGCAAGCACGGCUCCAAGCUGGAAGAGGCUCAUUGUUUCACAAAAUGCCCUGGUAAUGCCUCAGAAACUUGUGGAGCCUAUCUUACCAAUAAAAUCUAUGGCACCGGAGUUCAAGCUGUGAUCCGGCAUAACGCUCCAUUAGAGCACGCCCACCUAAACAAGACAACACUGAGAAUCAAGAUUGUCUUUGUGUUGACUGUGAGUGGACGAGCCGUUCGUCAAGUGGCCAGACUUUUGAGGAUCAUCUACAGUCCAGAUCACUUCUACUACAUUCAUGUAGACAAGAGGCAGGAAUAUAUGUACAGGGAGUUACUUCCCCUAGAGCAAUGCUUUUCCAACGUGAUGCUUACCCGUCAUAGGUUUUCUACGAUUUGGGGAGGAGCCAGUUUAUUACAGGCCCACUUGAGCUUUCUCAGAGAACUGUUUGAUGAUAAGCCAGCCUGGAACUGGGACUAUUACAUCAACCUCAGCGAGAGUGAUUACCCAAUUAAGUCUUUGUCGCAACUGGUUGAUUUUCUAACUGCAUACAAAGGCCUCAAUUUUCUCAGGUCUUUUGGGAAAAAUGUACCAAGGUUUAUUAAGAAGCAAGGUAUGGACCAGACUUUUCACGAGUGUGAGAACCACUUGUGGCGAGUUUCUGAACGGCCGCUGCCAAGAGGCAUCGUGUUUGAUGGAGGCAGUGACUGGAUCGGUCUGUGGUGGGAGUUUGCUCACUAUUCCCUCUACUCUAAGGACCCGCUGGUCACUGGGCUGAAGCAGUAUUACAAGUAUUCCUUGCUGCCCGUGGAGUCUUUCUUCCAUAUGGUGCUACAGAACAGUGUCUUCUGCACACAGUCAGUGGACAACAACCUGCAUCUGACCAACUGGAGAAGGAAACAAGGCUGCAAGUGUCAGUACAGGCACAUUGUAGACUGGUGCGGCUGCUCUCCAAACGACAUCAAGAUCAGCGACAUCGAAAGAUUGCUUCACUACGAAACAAAGCCUGUGUUUUUUGCUCGCAAGUUUGAAGCGAUAGUUGACCAGGAGGUUAUCAACACUUUGGAUCGCAACUUCCAUGGAUUUUUAUAUCCCGGACUCUCCAGCUUGUCCAGCUACUGGCAGAAUGCGUACCAUCACCUGGACAAAGACACAAAGGUCAGAGAUGCGGAUUUGACCAUAUAUUCAUCUGUGAUUCGGCAAGCUAUGGACCAGUUAGCAGAAUCUGAUCCUUCCUGCACCUUGAAGCCUGAGAAAGUUCUAGAAGCCCACAUCUACAACCAGGCAGAUCACUUCCAUGGUCUUCUAGUGCUUUCCUCAGUCCUGCUGAAGGAGACAAACAUGUCCACCAUGCUGGAGGUUCAUGUGGAGCAGAAGCAUUACUACACCGUUGUUGAUGCAAAAGCAAGUUCUGGAAGGUUGCUGAGCCUAGAGGUUGGGUCCGAUUUUGACAUGAAGGAACAGAUCUUUCGUAAUUAUGGAAGUCUGUUAGGACCUUAUGAUGAUAUUUCUCUCCGCCAUGAAUGGAGUCCAGGAACCGAGUUGACGGUAUCUAUUGCCUGGGUAGAUCCAACAAAUGAGAUAGCAGCGUCCUAUGAUAUUGUGAUCCCAAACGAGCAUCACAUUGGCACUCAGAAACCAGUUUUGUUCAGGCCUCUACGACCUGGUAUAUGGAAAGCAUGUUUUCUGAUCACCCCUUUGACAUUUUUCAACAAUAAACCGAUUUCAACUGCUGAAAUACUACGGUCACACAAAGGUCCCUUGGGACUUUACACUUCAACCAACUUCACAGAGUUCAUGACCUAUCUGAAAUUGACAGAGAGUCCACAACUACGACUGGAAGCUUUCAACAAUAGCAGGCGGACAGGAGCGGAUCUGAACCUGUGGGUUGACUCGUUAACUAGACUAUUUUGGGUAGUUCGGCAAAUGUGUAUCGUAAAUAGCACAGCUACUUGUUCUAGUCUGAAGGAGUGCCAUGCCAGUCCUUGGAGUUCUCAGUCUCCUGACCUUAAAUCAGACAUGAGGUAUAUAGGUUCAAAGAUUCCAGUCAUCAGCUGA